AUGGUCUUUAUCAACCAUGCAGCCAACCAGAACUCGUGGAGCCCCAAUAAAGUCUUGCAACCAACGCAACGGUCCAACAUAGACGGCUCGCCGAUAAAAUUGAGAGUUGCUACGUCGGCGAGAACCCGCGAUAAUCAAGACUUGGACAUUCUAGCCAGAGAGUUGAAUGUCUCGCCGACAAGGACAAACCAGGCGAUCAAGCCGUUGAGCAGUGCCUUUGGCUCGCCCUCGGCCACAGUGUCCUCCUUCAAAUCCAGUCCGAGGGCCUCAAUGCAAAAUAGAACUCCGUCUCGCACCACCUUGGGUGAAGACAAUGGGGUUGACAACGACAACGACAACAACGACGACGACGAAACACCGAGCUGGGCAAAGGGAAACUACAGAGACGCAUUGAGAAAGUCUCCUCGCAAAUCGGACUCGCUUGCAAAGCACCUUGAUUUCACGUCCAAUCGCCCUAUUUUAGGCUCACCAAGACACGAGAAAGGGUAUGAAUACCUAUGCAGAAUCCAUGCCAUCAAAAUCUGGCUUCAAAGCGUGUUGAGGGAAGAAAUUUCGCAGUCUCCCGUUGAAUUGAUCACUUACAUCAGGAACGGGAUCCAUCUCGCAAAAUUGGCUAAUGCAAUCUUGCCCACUCAACGCAACGUUUUCAUGAAUGACGAUAGGCUUCAGUUUAAACACACCGAGAAUAUCAACAGAUUUUUUCACUUGUUGGAUUUUUUGAGCAUUCCCGACUUGUUUCGAUUCGAACUUACAGACUUGUACGAUGCAAAGAAUGUUCCUAAAGUGUGGUUCUGCUUGCAUGCCUUGAGCUACAUACUCCACAAAAGUGACCCCAGCUCUCCCAAAAUGGGUGACUACUUGAACAAGAUCAGCUUCAGUGACAGCGACAUCUCGACUGCAAAUAGGGCAUUGACAAGUGCCCCCUUGCCAAACUUUGCAAGUGCAAGUUGCGGGGACGAAGAAGAUAACGCGUUUAUGGAAAAGGUGAGCUCUCCCGUUAAAGUGCAAAAUAAAACAAUUUUUGAAAAAAAGUCAAGCUCUCCAUUUUGGGAUCCUCCUGCUUCCGAGGCGAGGUGCGUUGCUGAACGGGAACCAUCCAAGCUAGCAAGGGAAAGCACAACAUUUCUCCGGCCAACUGCCGCACCAUCGCAGCAACCACAACAACCUCACUCACCCCCCUCAUCCUACUCAUCCUACUCAUCGCAAUCUUUUCAGAAAAAUUUCCAAGAUGCAGGUUAUUCCUCGAGUCUCGAACCGGUUGCCGUUCAUGUCAUCAAGUUGCAAUCAUUAGUCCGCGGAGCAAAUUUCCGGUACUCGAUGUUUGUUGAUCGAAUCAUACUCAGGUCGUACGAGGAAGAAUUGACAGCGUUUGCUUCCAUCAUUCGUGGCAACAGAGCGCGUCUGAAGACAGUCCACAAACACAGAGAUGUCCUUAGAUAUUAUGAUUCCGAGAUCAUCGAGCUACAGUCCAUCAUCCGAAGAAAACAGUUUUCGUACAAGAAACCCGAUUUGGAUGAUACCAACUUCAACGACAUUUGUUGUUUCCAAAGCAUUCUCAGAGGGCGAAUAUUGCGCUCGAGGGUAGCAUCUAUGAAGGAGGCGAUGGAAACAUCGAGUAUGACCAAGUUGCAGGCGAUUGCUCGGAUGAAACUAGUCUACGGCAAAGCUAGCGUGGUCAUCCAAAAUAAGGAUCUCAUUGUUUCGAGCUUGAUUGGAUUACAGUCGAUAGCACGCUCGAAACUAUAUCUCAAAUAUUCAACUGUCGACAUUGACACCGACGAUGUGGGUGGCAUUGUCACGUUGCAAUCGAUAAUUAGGCGCAACAACUUGAUUGAAGAAAUCAAUUGCAAGCACGCUGUCGUGCGCUCGCGAAGAAAGCAAAUCGUUGAGCUUCAAAGCAUAGCUAGAGCAGGGAUCGCCAGGUCGCGCUUGUGCAACAAUGUGUUGAUAACCUUGAUUCACGAAGAUGAUGUUUUGAAUGACCUUUAUGCAAUCGUUAGGGGCCAGAACUUGAGAAGCAAAAUUGCCAAAUUGAAAUAUGAGUUGAAAGCUCAGGAGCGCAGAUCCAUACUACCUGUUCAAAGCUUGUUCAGAGGCAUUCUUUGCAGAUACGAAAGAGACACUAAACUAGACGACGCUUAUUUGCAUGUCGAUUCCCUCAUUCGCCUUCAGUCAAAGAUUAGGGCCUACAAAGUUCGCAAAAACUUUAUCGAUUUCAGGGACUACUACGAGCACCACGUGGACUUGGUUAUCAAGUCUCAAGCAGUCAUCAGAAGAAUACUUGCUCAAACAGCGUACAAGUCAUUGACAACUACCCUGCAUCCUACACUUGAAGUGAUUCGGAAAUUUGCUCAUCUCUUGGCUGACAGCGAUCGAGAUUUUGAAGAAGAGAUGGAGCUUAAUGGGGCAAAGGACAAGAUCAUUGAAAAGUCGAAAAUCAACGAGGACUUGGAGUCUCAGAUUGAAAACAUUGACCUAAAGUUGACGCUUUUGGACAAGAACAAAAUCACGGUGGAUGAGUUUACCACUUCAAAGGGCCCCAAAAAGUUUUGCGCUAUUAAUGGUGGCGUGGACAGCCUUUCAAAAUUGAACAAGUCUUCAAGAACAAGAGUCGAGUUGUAUCAGAGGCUAUUGUACCUUUUGCAAACAAAGCCAGAUUAUUGGAGCAAGCUUUUUGAGACUUUUGCUCCCGAGUACAAGACAACUCAAAAGUACCAAGACUUGUUCAAUAGUAUUGUGCAAUUGUUUCCAUCUAAAGCUACAGCAAUCAGCGAACUCUCUAGAGAAGAAUACUAUAAUAUGAAACUCAUCGUGCUGAUUAUGCGAAACGAUGCUCGUCAUGCGCACGGGUUGAGUGACAUUACCAAGUCCCACUACACGUUCUGGACCGAGUUUUUGGCCCACUACAACAACCACACUCUUCAAAGACAGCAUUUAAAGUCAAUGUUUGGUGGGGCGAUAAUACGAACGAUCCACGACGAGCAUUUGGAUUUCGAAAGCGACCCGACAAUCAUAUAUGCCUCCAUCAUCGAGAACGAGAUUAAGUUCGAGGGCUCAUCUCUGAGACCCAGAAACUUGACACCACAAGAAGCGAUCAAGGUCCCAGACGUUUCCUCGAAGUUUGUCCGAAACCUUCUGUCGUUGAGAGACUGCUGCCACGAGUUUGUCAACUUAACGGAACAGAAAUUGGACAAACAAUCAAUUCCCGUGCAUAUCAGACUUCUCUGCCGCGAGGCGUACCUUUUGUCGAAAGACUACUUUAUUGACAAAGCCCAGCACCAGCACUUGGCUGUAGCUGGCGUGAUUUUCUUUAAGCAUUACGUGGGUGCUAUUUUAAGCAUUCCGGAAAACUAUGGAAUUCAGACGAGGAAAUUUGCCAAGGCAACUGCCAAUCUUCGCCACUUGCACCGAGCAUUGCUCCAGCUAUUUAGCAUGAACACGUUUACCGACAACUUUAUGAAGCCAUUGAAUGACUUUAUAUUGAGCAUGAUGGACCCGAUCCAGGCCUUGAUCAAGAAACUUAUCGCGGUGGGCACUUUUGAGGACGUCUACAACAUCAGCGAGUACGAGGAUAUGCUCACCACGGAGAAACCGCAGUUGACGAUGCAGAUCAACUCGACGAUCUGUUUGGAGAAACACGUGCAGUCCAAUAUAGAUGUCAUGGUUCCCAAUGGUGGUGGUGGUGGUGGUGGUGGCGGCGACGAUGAGCUAGCUCGUCUCCUGGGAGAGUUGCUGAACCUCAUGAGCUCAUCCAGUGACCUCAUUGCAUUGACAGAUUUGUCCUCAUUGACAAUCACCUUGGAUACAAGAGCCAAAGAAGAGUCGAUGCUGGACACCAAAGUCAGAACCUUGUUUUCCCAGGCCAAGCGCUGCUUGUUGUACAUCAUCAGGGUCCAGGAAGGUAACGAUGUCUUGGAGCUAUUAAUCUCGGGAAUCAAGCCCAUCCACGAACAAAAAUACAGGGAAAUAAUAUUCUCUGAAAAAGAAGAGAAACGGCAGAAGCCGUAUGUCAAAACAUCAUUGAGCAACUCGGAGUCUAUCUCGUUCCACGAGUUGAAGAAAAAGUGCUUGGAAAGCAUCUUGAAACUAGAGAUGAUGGGCGAGUUGACGAGGAAAAACUCAUUCCAAGAACUACUAAACCAAAUCUCCACCGAUAUCCGUAGAAAGGAUAGUCAGAGACUUCAAAGGUCGGAGCAGUUGCGGGUCUUGCUGCAGGCAAUUGGGAAAUUGAGCGACAAGGAGAUGUUUUUGAGAAAGCAGUUGCGAGAGUACAAGGACCACGUCGACUCGGUUCUUGCAAACUUGCAAGUGAAACCAAAGAGCAAGAAACUCUUCAACAUUGUUCCCGUGUUUAGCAAACAGUACUUUUACCACCGUGAGCUCCGGAGAAGGAACAGGGUCCCGGCGUUUGGGUCCUACAUUGUGACCGCAAAAAAACUCAUGGACCAAAAGAUUCUUUUGAACCAUACGUUAGACAUCCCGCGAAACAAGCUCGAGUUGAUGUUUAGCUGUCACCAAGUAGGCAAGUUCACCGUCGAGGCAGCAAAGGGCCAAGUCGUCGGUGCAAGCUGUAUAAUCACUUUGGACGACUUGUUGGCUCUACAGUAUGAAAACCAGGAGCGCCUCAAAGUGUGCCAAGGAACAAUGAUUUUCGACUCUCAGAAUCUCAUUGCAUUCAUUUUCAAAACCUUUUAUGAUGUUAAAAAGGACUAA